AAGCCAGGAAAAAGAAAAGGAAGAAGAAGAAGAAGGACAAUAAAGGCAACAAGAGGAGGACAGGAAAAGGACUCGACACAUAUCUUCUCCACGCAGGCAGGAUCGAGGGCUUGAAUUGAAGGCUUUCUUUCCAUCUCAAAAAAGCAAAGAAAUCCAGCACCACUCUUGGCUUCCGACCAGAUCAGGGCAGAGCAGCAGCAGUUGGUGGAGACAUCCAAGCCCAAAUGCCCAACCUCACCACUACUUCCUUCCCCGCCGCCUCCGGUGGCGCGUUCCGGCGCCCCGCCGCCGGGCCUCCUUCGCGGACGCUGCUGCGCGCGCGGGCAACCACGGCUCGGCAGGGCGUGCGGACGGCGGAGCAGCAGCAGCAGCAGCCGACGUUCUACGAGCUGCUGGGGAUCUCGGCGGAGGGGACGAGCUUCGAGGACGUGCGGGCGGCAUACAGGCGGAUGGCGCGCAAGUACCACCCGGACGUGUCGCCGCCGGGCGCCGCCGGGGAGCACACGCGCCGCUUCAUCCAGGUGCAGGAGGCCUACGAGACGCUCUCCGACCCCAGCCGCCGCAGCAGCUACGACCGCGCCCUCGCCCGCGGCGUCUGCCGCCUCGCCUUCUCCCCCGCCUCCCGCCACCACCACCAGGAGCAGGAAGAAAUGUCUGGAUGGAGGACAUCUUGGGAAGGCCAAAUUGCUGAGCUGAAGAAGAGGAGCACCGUUAAGGAUUCAGAAGAGAACCUAUCCUGGGGAGCUCGGAUGCGCAGAAGAAGGGCUGAACAAUUGUGACAGUAAUCCUAAUAAUCGUAAUAGACACUAGUCGUAUGUAGCAUCUGAACUGUUUAUAUCUUCUAGUAGCAAAAAAUCAGAAGAGUGUGCCUUGCAUGCAGAAAUAAAAAACUUUCUGUACCAGAUGCUUAAGCAUGGUUAGGACUGGAGAACAGCAUCACUAGCUUACCAGUUGAGGUGUGAUGAAGAUUAUAUCCAAUUAGUCAUGGUACAUAUAGUUCUAGCCUUAUAGGAGAUAGGUGCCUGGCUAUAUGUAAAAACUCAACUCCUUGAGUCUUGCCUGGUCCGAUGUAAAUAUAACCAGAUAAAAAGAAGUUCCGAAUUGGUGAUUUUGACAAGUGGAAAUUUGUUGA